UUCGUAAACAGAAGAAAAGAGUUGUAGCUAUAAAUAAACCCUCUAACCCACGGCGCACUAUUUCUCUUCACUCCUUCGUUCACUCUUCUUCUCUUGCGGCUAGGGUUUUAGCGCAGCUUCUUCUAGAUUUAAGGAAGAUGGGUAAGGAAAAGGUUCACAUCAGUAUUGUGGUUAUUGGCCAUGUUGACUCUGGGAAGUCCACUACCACUGGCCACCUGAUCUACAAGCUUGGAGGCAUUGACAAGCGUGUUAUUGAGAGAUUUGAGAAGGAAGCUGCUGAGAUGAACAAGAGGUCUUUCAAGUAUGCCUGGGUGCUUGAUAAGCUUAAGGCUGAGCGUGAAAGAGGAAUCACAAUUGAUAUUGCCUUGUGGAAGUUUGAAACCACCAAGUACUAUUGCACAGUCAUUGAUGCCCCUGGACACAGGGAUUUCAUCAAGAACAUGAUCACUGGGACAUCCCAAGCUGACUGUGCUGUUCUUAUCAUUGAUUCCACUACUGGUGGUUUUGAAGCUGGAAUUUCAAAGGAUGGACAGACUCGUGAACAUGCUCUGCUUUCAUUCACCCUUGGUGUGAAACAGAUGAUUUGUUGCUGUAACAAGAUGGAUGCUACUACACCAAAGUACUCCAAGGCCAGGUAUGAUGAAAUUGUGAAGGAAGUUUCUUCCUAUUUGAAGAAAGUAGGAUACAACCCUGACAAGAUUCCUUUUGUUCCUAUAUCUGGUUUUGAGGGAGACAACAUGAUUGAGAGGUCCACAAACCUUGACUGGUACAAGGGUCCUACUCUGCUAGAUGCACUUGACCAGAUCUCUGAGCCCAAGAGGCCUUCUGACAAGCCCCUCAGGCUACCCCUUCAGGAUGUGUACAAGAUUGGAGGAAUUGGAACUGUGCCUGUGGGACGGGUUGAGACUGGUGUCUUGAAGCCUGGAAUGGUGGUGACUUUUGCACCAACUGGACUGACAACCGAAGUUAAGUCUGUGGAAAUGCACCAUGAAGCUCUCACAGAGGCUCUUCCCGGUGAUAAUGUUGGAUUCAAUGUUAAGAAUGUUGCUGUUAAGGAUCUCAAGCGUGGUUAUGUUGCCUCGAACUCAAAGGAUGAUCCUGCCAAGGAGGCUGCUAACUUCACUGCCCAGGUUAUCAUCAUGAACCAUCCUGGUCAGAUUGGAAAUGGCUAUGCCCCUGUUCUUGACUGCCACACUUCCCACAUUGCUGUCAAGUUUGCUGAACUCAUGACCAAGAUUGACAGGCGAUCUGGCAAAGAGCUUGAGAAGGAACCCAAGUUUUUGAAGAAUGGUGAUGCUGGUUUUGUUAAGAUGAUUCCGACCAAACCCAUGGUGGUUGAAACUUUCUCUGAGUACCCCCCACUUGGUCGCUUUGCUGUCAGGGAUAUGCGUCAAACUGUUGCUGUGGGAGUCAUCAAGAACGUGGAGAAGAAGGAUCCUACUGGAGCCAAGGUCACCAAGGCUGCCCAGAAGAAGAAGUGAAUCGUGCGGUUUGGUUCAUCAGGGGAUGUCGUUUCUUAUGGUUACAAUAAAUGUUGGUUUCUUGCCCUUGUGUCUUCGUUUCUAGGUAGCUUGUUUUUCGGACAUAGUUUGAAGUCUCCACCAUCAUCUCGCAACUUUUGUUCCCAGAAUUGGGUUCUUGAUCGACGGUGGCAAGACUCCUUUUAUCAUUCUGUUUUAAUGUGUUGUGUUUGUGAGAACCCCUGAUUACAUUUUUGUUAAGCGCAGCGAGUUUUAGGGCUUUGCCGUUGCGUUGUUGGUUUGCUUUUUAAAUGUCAACUUUAUAUUUGUGUUCAAUUUUUGCUUGGUUUGCUUUUAAAAAAUCAAAUUUAUGUGUCAAAUUUUGGCU